AUGGAUAGGAUCAGAGCUCCAGCUGUAUUCUCCCAGAGGAAGAGACAGAAAGGGAUGCAUUCCUCAAACCUUUCCUGCAGUUAUGAAAUAAAGUUCAAUAAGUUUGUCAUUUUUAUUAUGCAGAGGAAGAUGGGGAUGACCAGAAGGACAUUUUUGAUGGAGCUGGCAAGAAGAAAAGGUUUCAGAGUAGAAAGUGAGCUAAGUGACUCUGUCACUCAUAUUGUGGCUGAGAACAACUCUUACCCAGAGGUGCUGGACUGGCUGAGAGGACAGGCUGUGGGCGACAGCUCCAGGUUUGAACUACUGGAUAUCUCCUGGUUCACAGCCUGCAUGGAAGCGGGUAGACCAGUUGAUUCAGAGAUGAAGUAUCGUCUCAUGCAACAAGAUCAGCCUCCUUCUUUGAAUACACCUGAAUCAGAAGUGCCAUCAUUUAUUGCAAGCAAAGUAUCUCAGUAUUCGUGUCAAAGGAAGACAACUUUAAAUAACUACAACAAGAAAUUCACGGACGCCUUUGAGAUAAUGGCUGAAAAUUAUGAGUUCAAAGAAAAUGAAAUAAUCUGCCUGGAAUUUCUGAGAGCCGCUUCUCUGCUGAAAUUUCUCCCAUUUCCAGUAACCAGAAUGAAAGAUAUACAAGGGUUGCCCUGCAUGGGAGACCGAGUCAGAGAUGUCAUUGAGGAGAUUAUUGAAGAAGGAGAGAGUUCUAGAGCUAAAGAAGUGUUAAAUGAUGAACGAUACAAAUCGUUUAAGCAAUUUACUUCAGUUUUUGGAGUGGGAGUGAAGACAUCUGAGAAAUGGUACAGAAUGGGUUUACGAACUCUGGAAGAGGUAAAAGCUGACAAGACCCUGAAGCUGUCAAAAAUGCAGAAAGCAGGGUUUCUCUACUAUGAGGACCUUGUUAGCUGUGUAUCUAAGACAGAAGCGGAUGCAGUAAGCUUGAUUGUCAAGAAUACUGUGUGUACGUUUCUACCAGAUGCUUUAGUUACCAUAACUGGUGGUUUCAGGAGGGGUAAGAAGAUUGGACAUGAUAUAGAUUUUUUGAUCACCAGUCCAGGACUAAGAGAAGAUGAUGAACUUCUGCAUAAAGUUGUUGACUUAUGGAAAAAGCAGGGCUUACUCCUAUAUUGUGAUCUCAUUGAAUCAACAUUUGUAAAGGAACAGCUACCAAGCAGAAGAGUUGAUGCCAUGGAUAAUUUUCAGAAGUGUUUUGCAAUUUUAAAAUUAUAUCAGCCAAGAGUAGACAACAGCAGUUACAACAUGUCAAAAAUGCGUGAUAUGGCAGAAGUCAAAGACUGGAAGGCAAUCCGUGUGGAUCUGGUCAUAACCCCCUUUGAGCAAUAUGCAUAUGCUCUGUUAGGCUGGACAGGCUCCAGGCAAUUUGGACGUGAUUUGCGGAGGUAUGCUACUCAUGAAAGGAAGAUGAUAUUGGAUAACCAUGCCUUAUAUGACAGGAGAAAGAGGAUCUUUCUCAAAGCUGGAAGUGAGGAAGAAAUCUUUGCACAUCUUGGCUUGGAUUAUGUUGAACCAUGGGAAAGGAAUGCUUAA